AGGGGACAGACAGCACAGGGUGGGAUCAGCUACCAACGGGUACCAGGAUGGAGAACACCUGUCAUGCCCUCACCCGACCACUAGUGUUGAUAACAUUGGAGCUCCAAGAACAGACGCACCGGGCAGCCUAAACGGCGUUAGUGAGGAAACAACAUUCCAACCUUCAGCACUUAACAACACCUGGGCUGAGCGAGAGGAGGAGGAUGCUGCUGACACAGGUUAUGUGGUUCUCAGCGCUCUGCGCCGCGGCGCUUGGCUGUCCCACCAUCAUCUCCCGCUCCCAGUGGGGGGCCCGGGCCCCAACAAACAGGGCCCAGCUGAGCAUCCCAGUGCCCUACGUCAUCAUCCACCACACGGCAGGGAGUUCCUGCACCUCACAGGCCUCCUGCAGCCAGGUGGUCAGGGGCAUCCAGAACUACCACAUGGACUCAAACGGCUGGGCCGACAUCGGCUACAACUUCCUGAUCGGCGAGGACGGCAGAGUCUACGAGGGCAGAGGCUGGAGCACCGUGGGGGCCCACGCCUACGGCUGGAACCAUAAGUCGCUGGGAUUCAGUUUCCUGGGCACCUUCUCCAGCAGAGUCCCCAACGCUGCCGCCCUGAACGCCGCCAAGAGCCUGAUCCAAUGCGCCGUCAACAGGGGCUCCCUAAGCAGCAGCUACACCCUGAAGGGGCAUCGCAACGUGGACUCCACCGAAUGCCCCGGGAACGCCCUCUACAAUGAGAUCACCCGGUGGCCCAGGUUCCAAGGCUCUGCCCGGCCGGAGGAGGAGUUUGGCAGGGAGCAGAGAGCAGCUCCCUUGAAAGGUGCCAGCGGAGGGCUGAGCGAGAGGAGGAGGAUGCUGCUGACACAGGUUAUGUGGUUCUCAGCGCUCUGCGCCGCGGCGCUUGGCUGCCCCACCAUCGUCUCCCGCUCCCAGUGGGGGGCCCGGGCCCCAACAAGCACGGUCCCACUGAGCAUCCCAGUGCCCUACGUCAUCAUCUACCACACAGCAGGGAGUUCCUGCACCUCACAGGCCUCCUGCAGCCAGCUGGUCAGGGGCAUCCAGAACUACCACAUGGACUCAAAUGGCUGGGCCGACAUCGGCUACAACUUCCUGAUCGGCGAGGACGGCAGAGUCUACGAGGGCAGAGGCUGGAGAACGAGGGGGACCCACGCCUCUGGCUGGAACGAUAUAUCGCUGGGAUUCAGCUUCCUGGGCACCUUCUCCAGCAGAGUCCCCAACACUGCCGCCCUGAACGCCGCCCAGGACCUGAUCCAAUGCGCCGUCAACAGGGGCUCCCUAAGCAGCAGCUACAUCCUGAAGGGGCAUCGCAACGUGAAGGCGACCGAAUCCCCCGGGGAGGCCCUCUACAAUGUCAUCACCCAGUGGCCCAGGUUCCAAGCCUGAGUCCCUGCAGCCCCUGCACCCAUCGCUGACCCUGCCCGUGGCUUCUGCCUGCUCGAGCUGCACCUCCGCCUCCCAGCAGGGGGCAGCCUCGUGCUUCUUGCCCACCUGCUGCCUCCUGGGGCCCAGAGAGCAGGGAUCUGAGAGUUGGGGUUACGCUCCCGUCUCCCCUGGGCUCGGCUGCCCUCCCGGGCUCAGAUUUCUAAUGGCGCC